UGACUUUUAUUUUAAAAUCCCCCCUACUGACGCUCACAACCAUUCCGGAAGUGGAAGCUGUUGUCAACGGAAGUAGAUUGAGUGGUAGUCGGUCUCCGUUGAUCGAGUGCACCUUACAAGCCACAUUUAGGGGCGCUGCACUUGCCAGAGGUUCAGGGAUUUCUUCAGCUCUCCACCUUUUGCUUUAGGACAGGCUUCCAGCUAUGUCUGCUGUGGUGGAUCUAAAGACUAAGGAGGAGAAAGACGCAGAGCUGGAUAAAAGAAUUGAAGCUCUACGGAAGAAGAAUGAAGCUUUGGUCAAGAGAUAUCAGGAAAUACAGGAAGAUAAGAAAAAGGCUGAACAGGAGGGGAUCGCUGUGACGACAACUCGCAAACACCGCCCUCAUGAGCCUGAGUCUGAACGGAGAAAGACGGAAAAGGAAAACUUCACAGUGGCAGUUGACUUGUCCAAACUUGCUGGGGAAAAGCGUGUUGUGAAUGACAGGAAACCAGCUGCUCAUCGUGGUGACCAGGGCCCAGAAGAAGAAGAGUCUGGUCAGCUUCAUGGUGAGAGCCCCCCCCACAGAACCGGAUCGGGUCGGAUGAGCAGAGGUGGCCACCGCGGUGGAAGAAGAGAGCCGCGUUCAAACAAAGUCGAAACAUGGUCAGAAAGGCAGCCUCAGGAUGAUGAAGGUGGAGAGGGUCCAGCUCGAAGUGAACGCUCCUCUAGAGGAGGGCGGAGGGGAGGAAGAGGUGGAUCUCAAGGAGGAUCAGGCCCGGACAGGAAAUCAAAGGAGUGGGAGGAAAAAAGAAGACAGAACAUAGAGAAGAUGAAUGAAGAAAUGGAAAAGAUUGCUGAAUAUGAGAGAGGUCAAAGGGCUGAUGGAGAGAAGAAACCCAUCAGAAACUUCCUUGAUGACCCACGGCGUAGUGGGCCCAUACCAGAAAUUGACCGCAAGGAGGGAAGCCGACGACAUGUGCGCAAUUGGGGUGGUGUUGACUUUGACAAUGUGAAGACUGGUGCAGAGGUUGAGAAAGAAUGGACGAAUCGUAGGCCAAGCGGUAAAGGCUCAGUGGAUAUGACUCUGUCCAUGACUGGUCGAGAGAGAGCCGAGUAUCUCAACUGGAAAAAGGAGCGAGAGCAGAUUGACGAAGAACGACUGGCUCGUCACCGUAAUGCCACUGGCCAGUGGAGACGAGAGUGGGAUGCCCAGAAAACAGAUACAAUGUUCAAGGAGGAAUCAGCUGUGGCUGGAGAGGGCACACAAGAACAAAGCAACAGGAGAGCAGCUAGGGGGCGCAAUGCCCAUGUACAGCAACGCAGUGGACCUUCAGAAGACAACAAGAGGCCACCUAAGGCACCAACCAUUGGGGACUUCUUGGGACAGGGCAAACCCAGACAAGGAAGCCGUGGACGAGGGAGGGGUCGCGGUCAAGGCAAAAGCUACAGCAUGCAUGAUAACCGGUGGGAAGGAGAAAAUGAAGAGGAGAAAGGAAGAAAGGAGGAGCAAGAGAAGGAGAAGGAUGAAGAGAAGGUCAAAGAGAAGGAAGAUGAGAACAAGGAUGACAACCUCAAGGCUCCGUUGUCAGUCAAGAAGACUGAUGAAGAAGGCCUUGCUGAAGUGGAUGAUGAUGAGUGGGAGGAUGCUAGUGAUGGUGAAGAGGAAGAUGUGGAAGAGGAUGAAAAAGCAGAUGGCGGGGAAGACUCAAAAGAUGCUAAACCAACAGAAAAGACCCCUAUAUCUCCUGCACCUUCUACUCCCAGCCCAAAAGGACAACGUACCCCAAGACCCAAAGUCCACAUCCCUUCCCCACAGGAGACGCUCCGUACACCAGAGGGACCUAAACCCCUCAGCCCUUUCUCCCCACUGGACAGCCACCAGCCAGUAUCAGACUGGGGUGAAGAAAUGGAGAUGCUUUCUCCCAAGAGCAGUCUGGGUGAGAGCCCUCUGAGGCCCAGCAGCACUGAAAGCAGUCCAGCUCAACCCAAGAGCAACCUGGCUGAACAUAACAUGACAACCACCCCCAGCCAGCCAGAAGAACCAGAAAGCAAAGAAAUUACAUCUGCAGUGGUGGUGUCAGCUUCCUGUGAAACGCUAAAGGAGCCUGUACCAGCUGAAUCUGCCGACACAACCACCUCGAGCAGCCAUGACACAGAAGAUCCCGUAGUGGCGCCCACCCCAGACAGCGCCAACCUGAGCAAGGAAAGCGACGCCCCUAUUGUAGAGCUGGAUCAGAGUCAGCCUGAAACGAAGGUUGUGGAGGAUAUGGCAGUGGAUUCUUCAGAUCAGCCGUCCUCAGGCUGAGGACUAAAUGCAGGUGAACUCGGUGCUUCACAAACUGGAAUAGGAGGUAAGCGGAGGAAAGAGAAGACAUGAGGUGUAAUGGACGACUGUUGACUGUAAAUUAAAGGGGUUGAGGAGGCACCUUUGGAUCCUUUUCAAUGCUUCAUCUCGCUAUAUUGUUUAAUUAUUCCUCAUUGGUUGGGACUCUAUGCUGUUGUGGAGCUAAGCUGCUGUUCUUUUCUUACAUUUACCCUGGGAUUAAUCUGUAAAGCAUGUUAUACUCGAACCAUAAGAAUUUAUAUAUAUUUUUUUUUACAAUGGAGCGGU